AGGUGUAUCCGGUUGGCCAUUUUGAAAACUGAUGAUCGUUCAAUGAAGACUAUGAAUUGGGAAGAAUCAGUAGAAACACUGAAGAAAAUUAGAGAGGAUGGUUAUCGUAAGAGUCACGAAGUCAUAGCAAUUUGGAUCGACUGUUUAUCUCAUUUCACGCAUAAAUUAGGAGAUGACGCAUGGGUCAUAUACGAACAAGUAGCAAUUGCGGCGUUGGACUGCGGUAGAGAUGACAUAGCAGAAGUACAAUGCAUCAGAAAACUAAGACAUAGAUUUUCAUCAAGUCAACGAGUAAGGAGACUGGAAGGAAUGUACUACGAAAGUAAAAGAAAGUUUGAAGAAGCCCGAGAGAUUUACGACAAAAUUCUUAAAGCUGAUGAAACCGAUUUGAUGACAAGAAAACGAAAAAUAGCAAUACUGAAAGCGCAGCACCAAUCAUCGGAAGCCAUCAAGGAGCUUAACAAACACUUGCUACACUUUCAAAGCGAUUACGACUCUUGGAUGGAACUUUGCGAUUUAUAUUUAAGUGAACAAGACUAUGCAAAAGCAGCAUUCUGCAUGGAAGAACUAUUGCUUUCUAAUCCUCAUAAUCACCUAUACUAUCAAAAAUACGCCGAAAUUAAAUAUACACAAGGAACCGCGGAUAACUUACAUAUAGCCAGAUCAUACUUUGCGCAAGCGAUAAAAAUCAACCCGAACAAUAUGAGAGCCCUUUAUGGACUCUAUUUGACAACAAACACUUUAGCUACAAGUACAAAACCAAAAGAAAAGAAGGAACAUACGAAAAUGUUGAAAACUAUGUCUUGGGCAUCGGAUCAAAUUAGGAAGAAAGUAAAGUCUACUCCUUUGCCAGUAAACGAUAAUUUGAUCGACGCUACAGACUACUUAUUUGAAUCGUUGAAAAUUGCUUAG